CAAUUUGGCACACUGAAUCAGCAAACUUUUAGUUUUAGAGACGAACAAGCAGGGGCUUCCAUUGUGUAGAACCACUGAGUCAGUCUCCACCUCAACACGCAACCGGACAACGAGCCAACACACCGGCAAGACUUGAUCACUACUACGUUUGGUACACAUCAGUGGCCUUAGAGUAUUGAUUCUACCAACUUUUUGACUUUCCUGGAUCGAUCGACUACACGGGUGGUCGACGACAUCAACUGGUUCGAGCGACGUCAGUAGUGACGUCCUCCCCCCCUACGAACCAACCCAGAAACUACGGUACUUGAUCCUACCUGGUACCUGUAGACAAGACAGAUAGCCAGCCAGUCUACACCACAAACCCCAAGUACAUACCAUUUACUGAUUAAACUUGAGAACCAUGCCUCGACCUCGCAAGAAAGCUCGCUCGUCAUCGGAGAGCGACGACGAAUAUGCGCCACCGGCUUCAGCUCGACGCCCAUCAAUUAAGGUGAAGCCACGGGAGCAGCGUGAUCGUCGUGCUCCAGCGGCAUUCUCACCAACUGUCGAUACGCCAACGCGGAAACCUCGGAAGCCCAAGGAACAAAGUUUGGAGACAGACGACAACUCUGCUUCAGCUCCUACUCCUGCUCGUCCGGAACACAAGCGACUAGAGAACAAGAUCAAGUCGCAGGCGCACCGACUGCGCUAUCCACUAGCAUUCAUUGAUGCCUACGAAGCUGAAGGCUGGAACAAGUCGAGUCUGGACAAACUUAAGCCCAGCAAGGAGCUCGACGCAGAGCGCCGCAAGAUCGAGAGAGGACAACGUGCGCUUAUCGACGGUCUGCAUGAGUUAAAGGCUUUAUACGCCAACGAGCCGCAAGUGCCACCGAUGGCUGUGUUCGAGGAUGUUCACUGUUCUCGCUGUGGGAGCACCGACAUCGAGCAAGACAACGACAUUCUGCUCUGCGACAGUGUCGGCUGCCAUCGCGCCUACCAUCAAAAAUGUCAGACGCCAAUUGUUCUGACAGCCAAGAUCCCAGCAGGCGACGAGCCUUGGUUCUGUGAAGUGUGUCUAGCAGUCUUUGAGUGCCUCAAAUCGAUUAACUCGGUGUUUGGGACGACGUACGAGAACGUCGAAGACUUGUUCCCAGAGCUCACUCAGGCUAAGCAAGCCACAGCGGAUGCUAGUAGCUCUGCUCAGUCAGAAGAGGAGAGUGCUACUGCUACGGCUCCUCCUGAUGAAGAUGAUGAAGAAGAGAAUGAUGAGGACUUCGUUUUACAUGAUGAAGAGAGCGACGAAGAUGAAGAAGAAGAUGACGAGAACGAGAAGAAAACAGAAGCAGGCGGUGAAGAAGAAAUGGCCGAAGAGGUUCCCGAGAGCGCUCAAGACCUGCUGUAUCUCAGCAAAGACGACGUUAUCGAUGUGAAUCAUCGAUCGUCGCGUUCUAAGAGUGCGAUUUUACCACCAAAGCCCGUUGAUAACAAGGUAAGCCUCAUCGGUGAGCCUGCUGCCAAGAUUGACCCUAAGACUGGCGAAGUGAUUCUUGGGGUCGUUGCAAAGCUGGAACCACCGUCUCAAGGGAGAUAUUCACGCUGGCGCAUUGACUACCGUGACGGCAGCUCGGAACUUCUGACGCGCAGUAAGACUCAGGCUGCCAUCAAUCGUGCUGCUGUCGCGGACAGUGACGACGAGGACGGAGGUGACUCGGAGGCACUCAUUGUCCGCGGCAAACGCAAACGCAACGAGGUGGACUAUCGCCAGCUUAACGAGCUAAUGUUCGCGGGCAAGGACGAAGACAGUGAAGAAGACGAGACGUUUGAGGUUAAGGAAGAGAGUGAAGAGGAACCUGACGAAGAAGAGGAGAAUGAGGAUGAUGGAGAAGAGAAUGAGGGUGAAGGUAAAGAAGAGUCUGCUGAAAGCGUGUCGGAUCAAUCAUCGCCGACCACCGUGACUGCAUCGCACGCCGCAGUUUUGCAGUCCUCCAUGCACGAAGGUCUGCUAUCCUAGAGUGUUCACCGCUCUGGGGUGUCCAGAAUCUCACGUAGCAAGAGUUUAGAUGCAGCAAUCAUAGAUUCUUCAAAAAUUCAGGGUUUGCUUUGCGCUUUGAUUUGCUACAUGUGUGCUAAUACAUGGGGAAUGCUGGGUCAACUCCGCCUUCCUUUGCGUAUUCAGUG